UUUGGGUGCAUAUGCCGAAUUCACCACCAGCAGCAGCAGCAGCAGCAGCAGCAGGAGGUGCAGCAGCAGCAGUGGAUGGAGCAGCAGUAUCAGCAGCAAUGGAUGGAGCAGCAGUAGCAGCAGCGGUGGAUGGAGCAGCAGUAGCAGCAGCAGCAGCACCCACAGGCAGUGCAGCAACAGCAGCAGCCGCAGGCAGUGCAGCAACAGCAACCGCAGUAGGAAAUGCAGCAGCAGCAACAGCUAGAGGAGGAGCACCACCAGCAGCAACGGCAGCAGAAGCAGCAGCAGCCGUAGCAGCAACCUCAUCGGCAUCGCCGCACCACCUCUCCAUUCAUCCUCCCACGCAUCUACACUCGCUCUCAUGACCCACUCAAAGGCCAUCCAUG